AUGUCGAUCGAAUAUAACUGGCCAGCCAGGAUCAUGUCCUUGGCGAUGCUUUCCGGCCCCGUUGCAAUCGUCAUGUUAUCACCCGCAUCAGGCCAGGGCGCUAACCGGCAUCCCUCACUUAUUUCGGCGUAUAUAGCACUUGUUCUGCCAGCAUUGUUGUUGUUCUUCGCCUAUCCCGCCACAGUGGACGCUCAAAUAACAUGCUACGGUUUUGCCGGCCAAGCCUACACAGACAACACGCUCUGUCCUGGAUCCAACGCCUGCUGCGGCCGAAAAGCAACCUGUCUAUCCAAUCGACUAUGUCACAACCCAAACGAUCCAGAGGGUUUAUGGGUGAGGGGUCCAUGUGCAAUCCGGGAAUGGGAUGACAGCUGCGGACAGAUCUACGAAACAGCCGCCAGCAAUGGGCCUUGUUGCAACAACGAUCCACAAUGUUGCCAGGAUGGCAAGGGGACCUUUCUCGAUGAAGGGGGGGAAAUCGUAUCAACUCGAGCAACAGGUGCUACCACCAGCUUCCCCCCGUUAAGCGAGACCGGUACCGUCAGAACAACAGCCCCUGUGCCCACCACCUCAACAUCAUCUUCCUCUACAUUUUCCUCUACGUCCUCCGAAUCCACAUCUUCUUCCUCGACAACGGAAAUCGUGGUGCCGCCCACGAAUGCCGGACCAGCAACACCAGCGCCAACCCCCUCGGACGAAGAUAACAACGGACUCUAG